AAAAUAUUUAAGAGAUAUGAUUGUGUGGCUGUUAAUAACCAAGGGACAGCUACUUGGUAUAACUCACCAACCAAUCUAACUUCGACAACACAACAUUAUCAAAACUAGAAACCAAAAACCACUCUUGUCUCUCCAAACCCCAAUCUUUAUAUCUUUUUAUAUAAUAAUAUAUAAUUUUAGCAAUAGAACACUCACACUCACAAAUGUGGUCUCUCAAGAAAAAACUUGUCCAGAAGAAGAAAGACCCAUAAAUUAACAUUCUCUAAGCUAUAAUAGAAAGGUUUAUAAGCAUAUUUCUGGGGUUUGUUCCCUUUUACUUGUUUAGGUUUUUUCUUGGGAAAAAAUAUAUAGCUAGAAGAAGUAAUUUAGGUAUAAUAUAUAUAAUUAAAGCAAAAACAAUUUCCUAAAAGAAACAUCAAACAAAGAUGGGAAGAGGUAGGGUUCAGUUGAAGAGAAUAGAAAACAAGAUCAAUCGUCAGGUUACUUUCUCUAAAAGGAGAGCUGGACUUCUCAAGAAAGCUCAUGAGAUCUCUGUUCUUUGUGAUGCUGAAGUUGCUUUGAUUGUCUUCUCCCACAAAGGAAAGCUCUUUGAAUAUGCUACUGAUUCUUGCAUGGAGAAGAUACUGGAGAGGUAUGAAAGGUAUUCCUAUGCCGAGAGACAGUUGGUUUCAAAUGAUUCCGAGUCACAGGGAAAUUGGACAAUUGAGUAUACAAGACUGAAGGCUAAGAUUGAUCUUUUGCAAAGAAACUAUAGGCACUACAUGGGAGAAGAUUUGGGUUCAAUGAGUCUCAAAGAGCUUCAGAGUCUGGAACAGCAGUUAGAUACUGCUCUUAAACUCAUUCGUACACGCAGAAACCAACUCAUGUACGAGUCCAUUUCAGAGCUUCAGAAAAAGGAGAAAGUGAUUCAAGAGCAGAAUAACAUGCUUGCAAAAAAGAUCAAGGAGAAAGAAAAGAUUGCAGCUCAGCAGCAGCAGGCACAAUGGGAGAACCCAAAUCAUCAUGGAGUCAAUCCAAAUUACUUACUACAGCAGCAACAUCCAAGUUUGAACAUGGGUGGCAAUUACCGUGAGGAUCAGGCACAAGAAAUGGGGAGGAAUGAGCUUGACCUAACCCUGGAACCAUUGUAUACCUGCCACCUUGGAUGCUUUUGAAUGAAAACCUUAAUAGAGGUGGAUGCUAUUAUCAAUAUAUAUGUGCUUAUUAUAUAUAUGUGGCUCUGUGUUUUGUAGUUUUUCCCUAUUUUGAAGACGCUAAUAUUGUGUUGUAAGCUUAAUUUAUAACUUGAUUAUAAGGUUAGACUCCCAAGUAGAAUUAAGCUUGUUAUGUAUUAUUAAUUAAUUAAUUAAAUUGCUGAAAGGCAAGUGCAGUAAUGUAAUGACAUUCCAGCUGA